AUGCACUCGCUGUUCCGACGCGCCAAGGCGCCGGCGCCGAUGCCGAUGCCGAUGCUUUCCUUCCCGGGCAAGAAGGCGCUAAGAUUCACGGGCGACACCUCGGCCGCGGAGAGGGACGUGGACCUCGCCGUCCUGAUGCACGCCCGCAGCCACGUCGUGCUCGCCUCGGAGUGCGCCAAGGCCAGCGCCGCGGAGACCGCCGCCGCGCUCCGCGCCUACCUCCGCAUCAUCUACGCGUCACAGAUGAUGGGCGGGUCCAUGCAGCAAAUGCUCCGCUUCGCGUGGCGCGACGCCGGGAGCGGGAAGAAGAAGGCCAAGGCGUCGGCGUCGGCAGCUGCGGCUGGCCAGGGCCAGGGGCACACGUCGCUGUCGACGGAGUGGGCGGUGGCGCUGUUCGCGCUGGCCGCGGAGCUGGCGCGCGCGGCGGCGGAGGAGGACAGGCGCGGGUCCGACGGUAUACGGCGCGCAUGCACCGCACUCUGCGACGCGGCCGGAGCGUUGAGGGCGGCGGCGGCACGCUCGGCUCUGCCGAGCGACCGGCUGUGCCACAUGACUGACGCGUGCCUCGCGGCGUUCGAGCGGCUGAUGCUCGCGCAGGCGCUCGAGUGCUACUUCGAGCUCGCCUUCGCCGGAGGCAAGCCUCCGGCGCUGUGCUCCAAGAUCGCGCGGCAGGUGAGCCUCGACUACGUGGAAGUGUCCGUGGCGCUGGCCAGCCUCCAGCAGCAGCAGGCGAUCGACAGGUCGUGGGCGCCACACGCGCAGGCGAAGGCCGCCUACUUCCACGCCGAGGCGUGCCUCCUGCGCGCGCGGGCGCUGCGCGAGCAGGGCCCCGGCGUCGCCGGCGAGGCGGUCGCGCGGCUGCGGCUCGCGGUGUCGGUCCUGGAGGCCGCCGGCAAGGGGCCGCUGAAGAAGUCGUCGUCGUCGUCCGCCGCGCCGGCGGCCGUGAGGGACGCCGCGGCGCGGCUCCGGAGGGAGGUCGACGCCGAGCUGGCCGCCGUGGAGGCGGACAACUGCCAGGUGUACUGCGAGCGCGUGCCGGCCGCCGACGCGCUCGCGGACCUGCCGGGGCUGCCGGAGCCGCUGGUGCGGCCCACCGCGGUGGAGAGGGUCCUGCGGGAAGCGGACGGCGAGGCGGCCUUGGCGAGCGGCGGGGCGCCGACGAUUCGCCAUUGA